CCGCCGAGACUUUGGGUACAAAACGGGAUGUAUCCGGGAACUGCUUUCACAAGGAGUGUUGGAGAUUUUACAGCUGAGAGCAUUGGAGUUACUGCGGAACCAGAAGUGUCAAUGGUUCAUCUUUCGCCUAACCAUUUGUUUUUCGUUGUUGCUAGCGAUGGGAUUUUCGAGUUUCUUCCAAGCCAAGCUGUUGUUGAUAUGGUGGGGAGAUACGCUGAUCCGCGCGAUGGAUGUGCUGCAGCGGCAGCAGAAUCGUACAAACUGUGGUUGGAACAUGAGAAUAGGACAGAUGAUAUCACAAUUAUCAUUGUACAGAUUAAAAAGCUGUCUUAAUGAAUGAUUCAAAUUCCUA